AUGAAUCCAAGAGUCAACCAAGAGUGGACCCCCUUUGAGGUAGAGGGGGCAAGAUCAAUCAUAGAUUGGCUCAAGAACAACUACUGCAAUGAUGGCACCAUCUAUGGAAUAAACAAGAAGCAUGAGAUUGUGGGAACGCUCCAAGCAUGGUUCCCCAGGAAGACCAUGCAACAGUGUCUAGAGAAGGAAUACCAUGGUACCAAUAGUGACCAUGGUGUCAAUUACACCGUGGAUGGCCAUGCGCAUAAGAACUUCUGGUUGCAAGAGGCUGCCAUGCAAGGAACGGACUUUUUAUUUGGUUGUCCAUUAAAGAGUAUGCAAACCAUGGACACCCAACAGGAGGUGUCGAUGGUAGAGCAGAACAAGGUGGUGUUGGAGAAUAGGAUGCGCAUCCAUCAACCAGUGCUUGCACCAUGUGCCAAGGGGUUUUGGACCCCAGAUGAACACAGGCUCUUUCUCCAUGGCUUGAGCAUAUGUGGCCGUGGCAAAUGGAAGGACAUAUCAAAGCACUUCGUCCCUAGUAGGACUUCGACCCAGAUUUCAAGCCAUGCACAGAAGUACUUCAUGAGGCUAAAGAGCAAAGGGUCGGGAAGCCAACGCUACCGCAUCAACGACGCGGAGCUCAAUGAUGCCAACCCAUGGAAAAUGAAGAGUACCAUUAACUCCUGGCAAGCACUCGCCUUCCAAUCUACAGUUGGUGCUGAUAACCAAAAUCCAAGCUUUGACUUGCAAACUCUUUCGAGUCCAUUUGUCACCAUGAACAAUAUAGCCUAG